AUGUCAGCAGAGCCGCAUACCGAGAUGACGGCGCCAACAAUAUUUGGGGACGUGGUGAGACGCGCUUGCGACCAAUGUCGAAUACGAUGUAAUAGACAUGUUCCCUGUGCCCAUUGUUCGACCAUAGGCCAACAUUGCUCCUUCACAAGCACUGGCCAGAAGACCAGAGAGCCAAGGCAGCGUAUUUUGAUCUCAACUCAGUACGAAAGGAAGAUCGAUCAGAUCGAGCAUGGCCUCUCCAGAAUUGAAAAGGGUCUUCACACCCUUUCUCGGGCUCAGCGGCGAAUCGAGUCUGUUCUACAUGCAAACCCAUCAAACGCCUCCCCAGAACUGCCGACAUCAGCAAAGGCGACACGGCCUUCUGAAAAGCACUCAAGGAGCUAUUCGGUUGAGAGCUUGCUUUCUACCAAGGGUAAAAGUACCUGCUUCGAUGCUCAAGGACCGGGCUUCGAAGGCGAUAGCUCUAUAACUGCCCACGCAGCCUUCGCCAGCACCUUUGUUGAUCAUGCUGUUCAACACCGUUCCUAUAGGGACGCUGGACCGAAACUCAGGGCAGCUAUGGCUGCUUUACACGAGCUUCUGCAGAUGCAGAAAACAAAGGAUGAUGAUCACUUUGCUCAUGAGAAGCCUUUGGGCCAAGAUGGGCUUGGGAACUUGCCCAUGCCUCCCUUGGAAUUCAUAUUGCCCAUCCUCCGCGAACUUAAGAAAAAGGUGCCCCUGACCUUUACAUUGAUCUGUGUUUUUGGUAAUAUCGAGUACUUUACCGAACAGUGCCGCAAUAUCUAUUUCGCGACCGACACCUUCACACAAGCCACAUUUGUGAUCGCCAAUGCCGGAUUGUACUUUAUUUUGCAGGAGAAAAUGGUUCUCGCGCGACAUUCAGGUGACGAAGGAUUGAUUGCCAGUCAUCAAGCUCAUCUCAACAUCUGCCGGGAUAAUCUGGAGACAGUCUUGGCUCAUUUGAACCUGCUCUUACCAGCACAGCGCGAGAAUGUAAUUGCCCUCGUGAUGGGCGCCAGUUAUGCCAUCGAAAUUUCUAAACCGUCUCUCGCGUGGCGCCUCAAUACCGCAGCCUGUCAGUUGUGCUUGACUCUAGGUUAUCAUAGAGCCACAAACCAACCCGGAGAAAACGACGAUGUGAGAAGGCAGAGAGCAGUGCUUUUCUGGCUCGCUUAUAUUCUGGACAGGGCUUUGGCUCUUCGAUUAGGACGUCCGCCGAUCCUUCAAGAUUAUGAGAUUACUCUACCACGACAGCUCGAACACCUAGGAGAGUUUGAAUGCCACAGAGAAACCAUUCACAAUUUCAUGGUGCAUGCAGAAGUUCAAGGAAAGAUAUAUGAGGAAUUGUAUAGUCCAGCCGGGUUGGCUCGGCAUGUUGAGCAGCGAAAGGAGACAGCACAGAGAUGUGCGGGCAUCCUCCGGGCGAGGGUGAAGAAGAUGAACGAAGAACGGGAAAGAGCUCGCCAUAACGCUGCUGGCAAAGGCAUUGAGAUUGCCACAAUGUUGUCCAUGUCGGAUGAGUUAGCUAUGUUAUCGACUCUGACUCUCAUCUAUCGCUCGAUCCCUCCAAUCCCUGACGGUGUCUCACGAAGCGUCUCAAGAACCUUCUCCGAUGAUUGUAUCGAAAUGGCCAGGGAGGCAAUGCACGUACACCUUGAAUGUAUCGAGCUUGUCGAGAAAUCUCCGACGUUGGCAACAGCAUAUAUGCACUGGAUCAUCUUGUUUCAGCCCUUUAUACCAUUCAUUGUUCUUUUUUGCCAUGGUGUCGAAGGGUCUGCGAUUGAAGAUCUUCAGCUUAUCGAGCGCUUCAUGACAUCUUUGGAACCAUGGAAAGGUUUGUCAAGCCAAGCGGAUAAACUCUUCCAGCUUUGCCGGGUGCUAAACGAUCUUGCCCGGACAUGCGUGGAGGCGCGACAAGCGGUCAGCGGUCAACGGCAACCAGACGUUUGGAAUCAGAUUGGCGGGCUGAGCUUCUCAGCCAGUCAAAAUGAGAGUUUGCCAGGACAUCAGUCUGAAUUUAUAGAUCAAGACAUGACCAUGGAACUUGGCUUGGACACUUGGGAUUGGGGACAAAUUGAUCUCGUGUCUGGACCUGAGAGCUAUCAGGUCAGCGACCUGUUCACGGAAUACUACAUGCAGCUUCUGGACGCUCCCAAUGCCAUUGCGCAGGGGCCGUUGCAGCGAGGUCCAGCUGGGCGCCGAGAUGGGUACUGAAGG